AGGAUCAGGGAUUGUUGGUCAGUGUUUGAGCCUUCUCUGCCUGCCUGCAGUGACUACAUACAAACUCUCCCUCGCUGAUCCAGCGUGCGGACGCCGAGCGUCACUUGAGUGUCAGAUAGUCGGAGAGUGAGCUCAGGGAAAAGACGUGUUCUGGAGGCGGUGUGUGUGUGUACACGCCCGGCUACUUUUUCGACCUGACACUUCCAGCAACCCCCCGCCCCUCCUCUUCCUCCAACAACAAUCAGAUCUUCAAUUCCAAACAUUUUACUGCACCUUAUCUCUGCACCACUUUCCACCGCCUAUAUAUAUAAACACACACAGAGACCAUGGCGAACGCCCUGAGAGUUAUCCUGCUGUGCGCCACUUUUACUCUGUUGACCGGACGAGUUUUAGGUGAUAGUGAUGAAUUUGAUCUCUUUGAUGCUCUGUCUGAUGACAUCACUACAAAGCCACCUCCUGCCAAACCUCGCAAUCCUUCAGGUGGAACAGGUGCAGGUGAUUUUAACUUAUGGGAUUUGAUUCAAACGACUCCAGCUCCUCGUAAACCCACAAAGUCUCCCAAAGCCACCAAAAAACCACCGAAGAAGGGAAACUCUGACAUGAACGAUUUUGACCUGUCCGAUGCUCUUGAUGACAGGAAUGACAACCAUGGCAAGGGAGCUAAAGAUGACUCAGAUCACCCUUCCGUUCCAGGCUCCAAAGGAAAUGACAAACCUAAAGGAGGUAAAAAAAUUGGUACCUCUGACCUUUCAGAUAAAGACCUGGAAGACCUGCUGGGUGGUGGAGACUAUAAACCAGAUAAGAAAAAUUCAGGUGAUGACAUACCUCCAGGUGACCAGGAUCAGGUGGCUUUGCCCGAAACCACAAUAGCUGGAAUUGCCAGUGCUAUAGCAGCAGCUUUGUUGGGUGCUGUAUCCAGUUACAUUGCCUACCAGAAGAAGCAAUUAUGUUUUAAAAUGCAAGGGAGUCUUAAUCAACAAUAUGUAAAAGGAGAAAAUGCUGAAGCAGGAGCAAUGUCUGAGCCUCACGCUUUGAAAAUGGCCUUUCUGAAAAAAAUAGCCUUCUCUAUAAAAUCUUAGCUUCCCACUAAUAAAGAAUGGAAAAUCAAUCUUGCAGCUGUUGCAUGGACGACAUCUGUUUCAGAUACUCCAGUUGGAAUAUGGGAACGUGUAAGAACUUGCCUAUUACACUUACUGUUAGGCUUGAGCAGUCUGUGGGACUGGCAGCAAUAAGCAUUUACAGGAAUGAUGUUAGUGUAGCAUCUGUAAACACUCUCUGUCACAUUGCUAUCUCAUUUGCAGCACUGUAUAAUACUGUCACUAGCACAUACAGCAAACAGAGAGAAAGUAUCUUAGUGUGGACUGAAUGUCAAGUGUGCAAACUUCUCAAGAUCUGACACCACUGCAAGCAGAGUAACACUUCAGCGUCAUUGGCCAUCUGGGUGCCAUAUUUAAACAGUGCCUACAAAAAUACUGUGUGCAAUCUUUGCUCUUGUUUGUGUGAGGUUGAACUUGCCCAUUUCAACAAGGCAGCAGCUGUUUUCAAUUUGAGAAUGACAGCAGCCUGUCAUAGUACAAUGUUUCAGUCAAUUCUGAGAAAAAUGGCUUUUAAUCUCCCACUCAUCUCUGUCACUGCCUGAGCCUUACUCACUGGGAAUACAUCCAGGAAAGCAGCCAAAUUGUUAUUUGCCAAAUGUAAGUUAGUGCCUAAAAUCUGGAGAGAUAUGUAACAAAUGCCAGUUGCCCAGUGCUUAGAUGAACUUUGUGGGAAUAGGACCGAAGGGUCUGUUUCCAAACUGUAUAACUCUAUAGUUAAUCAGUCACUGUCACAUUAGGAAACCACUUGUAUUAAUGUCGCUUCACAUCUUCAGUCUGUGCCCAGGUUUAGUCGCUCCAUUUUCCAAUCAUCUACCCCCUUCCUGUGGUUUCCAGUUCCGCACUCUGAUAGCAAUUACGCAUUCGUAUGUUUUGUCUUUAACAGUGAGUGGAAGGAGACUUGUCUCUCAAAAGUCUAAAUUUACAGCUAAGCCAAUCGUCAGGAACGAAAACAGAUUCACCCUAACCCUGUUCCUCACCUAGGGGCAAUGAGACAAACUGCUGUAACAGUGCUGUCAUAAAUGUCUGUAGAAAUUACAAUGGGGGAGGCUCUUGAUGCCAAUUCAGCAGGUUCACCAAAACCACCGAGUAAAUACAAAAGACCAGGGACUGUGUACUAUAAUUUUCAGCCAAAUCAAAAGAUCCAGAAGAUGCCAAUGAUUAACCAAACCAAUGAAUUUUUAACUGAUUGAUUAAGUGGCAACUGAAAAUGGUGCUGUUAUCUCUCAUUGUGAAGCCACUUCUGCUCAGACAGGCUACUAUCAAUGUUCUGAAAGAUUUGAGAUCCAAUUCUCCAUGGGGCUGUUCCCCCAAUAAUUGGCCACCUUCACAGCAGUCAGUAACUUGUUGCUGAGAUCCGGGGGAAUGUACAGAGAAACAGGAAUAUUUUGCAGAGCUGAACGAAGUUUGAGUUGAUCACUUAAUUCAGACCAGAAUUACAAAAUUUAAAAGGCAUCCAGAUAGGUAAAUGAGUAGGAAGUGUUUAGAGGGAGAUUGCCCAAAUGCUGGCAAAUGGGACUAGAUCAGUUUAAGAU